CAGACUGACUACUUUUUUGUUUUGCAUUAUUUUGAUUGGAUUGCAUGUUGUGAACAUUUUCUUUAUCUAUGUGCCAAGCGGUCUUUUUGUUUUCUUGAAUCGAAUUUUGUCACAAAUAGUGAGGUUUGCAAAAAAAAUGGUAUUUCUGAUGAAUUUUCCUGCCCCAACUGAAGGGAUUCAUCACUGCGAGCCCAAUACUCGAGCAUUUCAUGACGAAAGAUGUCUAGGAAAGGGAACAUUAUAUAUUGCUGAAAGUGCAGUGUGUUGGAUUUCUGAAGGAGGGGAAGGCUUUUCUGUACCUUAUCCAUCUGUUUCUAUUCAUGGUGUCUCUAAAGAUGCAAGGAAUUUCCCUGAAGAGUGUCUUCUAGUUUAUGUUGAUGGUGAAAUAUCACUUCGUGAAGAAGCUAAUGCUGAAGUAGUGUCUAGAGAUUUGCAAUCCUUGUCAGUUGAUGACAACAGUCAUGGUGAUGGUGUCCAUGCUAAUGAUGGUGAUGAUGAUGAUGAUGAUGAGAAAGAAAUAAUGACAAAAUUACGUUUUGUUCCAGAUAAUAAAAUAAUGUUGGAUACGUUAUUUCAAGCUUUAUCAGAGUGUCAAACUAUGAGUUGUGCAAAUGAAGUAGAAUCUGAAGAAGAGAAUACUGCAGAUUUUCCAUUUACUAUUAGUGAAGCAAACGGAUUUGAUAUUGAAGAUGGGGAUGAAGAUGGUGAUGAAGGGGAGUAUGAUGAUAUGGAAGAAGAUCAAUUUGAAGAUGCUGAGCAAUAAACAAAAGAAAUAUUUCUAUUGUUCAUCUGUACAGUAUCACUUUCACUACAUUGUCACCCUUAAAAUUCCUUUAAAACAUGGUUGAACUAUUAUUUUCAUAUUUCUAUUGUAAAAUCUUUCAAUAAAGGAGUUCGUAAAUUUA